CUGACAAAGUCACUAUAAUCAUCCAAUCAAACGCCACAUCGGAGAUUACUGGAGAUUUUGAAUUCUCAGCAGCACUUUGUCUUUCGGAGCGAAAUCUCAAGAACAAGAAUCACCGCUUUUAGGAUAUGCCGGUUGAGGCUUGACGUAGCUAGCUACAGAUAUUGAAGCAGUAUGAGCUGGGUAGUGGAGGAGUGGAAAGAUGGUCUUUCAGGUAAAGCCCUGCAGAAGAUACAAGAGAUUGAGGCACAGCUGGACAAGCUGAAGAAGGAGAGGAAUCAGAAACAAUUCCAGCUCGACUCACUGGAGGCUGCGCUACAAAAACAGAAACAAAAGGUUGACAGUGAGAAGAGCGAGGCGUCUGCCAUUAAGAGGGAGAACCAGGCCUUAGUAGAGUCAUGUGACGCCGUGGAGAAGGCCCGUCAGAAGGCGACCCACGACCUGGGGGUCAAAGUGCAACAGGUCAGCAACCUGGAGGGUCAGCUCAGCACCAGCAAGAAGACCAUAGAACGACUAGAGCAGGAACUCAAGAAAUAUAAGAAUGAAAAGGACCGUUCUCAGCCCUCCCAUUCCUCUGAUCUACAGUCCUACAGCACUCCUCAGAAGACCUUUGCCACUCCUGCUGCUACUCCCAGCUACAGACAGCAUGACUCCAGGCUGGAGGACCUUCAGGAGAGAUACAACCAGGAGGUGGAAGAGAGGAAGAGACUGGAAUCCGAACUGAAAAUCAAACAGGUCAAACUGUUGAACCAGUCGUCCGUCAGUCAUAAGGACAUUGCCACCCGGCAACAAGCAGGCUCCUCCAUAUUCCCAUGGCAACAGCAAGACAAGAGCUGUCAGUCCCAGGGCACCAUUGAAACGCCCCUGGCUAGGCGGGCAGGGGGCGGGACAUCCGCUGGCGGCUUCAUGUGGAACACUGAGGAUACACCAAUCAAAUCCACCCAGCGAAUCAGCACAUCUGUAUCCCAGUUUGAUUCUGAUGGCUCCUCCCAGCAGAUGGAACAGCUGAGGAUGCUGAAUCAAGAGCUGAGGGGUAAAGUGUCUGAGCUGGAGCAGCAUCUGCAGUCACAGGAGAAGGACGCGAGGAUGCAGAGCGGCAGGCUCCAGGAGCUCCAGGGCCAGCUGGACCAGGCUAGGAGAGACCUGACCGACAGAGACAAGACCCUGGGCAAGAGCAGAGAUGAACUAAGCAAGGCUACCACUCAGCACGAACAAGCUAUCGCCAAGUGUGUGUCAAUGGAGCAGAAAUUGAAACAGGUCUCUGAGGAGAUGUCCUGCCAGAGGCACAACGCUGAGAGCUGCAGACGAGCUCUGGAACAGAAGGUCAAAGACCAGGAGAAGGAGAGCCAGAAGGAGCUGUCCCACCUUCAGAGCAGCCACCACUCCCUAGAGCAGCAGUUUAACCAGACCAAGACCAAGCUGAACCAGGAGAUACAGCAAGCCAAGAAAGACCACAACAUCCUGCAGGCUGAGAUGGACAAGGUGUCAUGCCAGAGGAGCCAGCUGGAGAGAGACCAGGAGGAGCAGAAACAGAAGCUGCUGAGGUCAGAACAGAGCCAACAGGCCAGCCAAAACAAGGAGCAGGACCUCAGGAAGAAAUUUGAGGAGCUGCAGAGAGAGAAGAACACUGUGAGCGCCCAGCUGGACCAGGGUAGCAAGAGGCUCUCUCAGCUGGAGGAGGAGAGGAAGAGUGCCGAGCAGAACCUCAAACGCACCCAGAGCAUGCUGGAUGACUUCAGAGCCAAAAAUGAAGCCCAGUCCGAAGAGCUGAAAGGACUUGUCACUAAACUGGAAAGCCAGACCAGAUCGUCAGCCCAAGAUCUAGAGAACCUAAAGAAAACGCUCACAGACGCAGAGACCAAGAAUGACAAGACUCAGAGUGAGCUGAAUACCCAAAAACAGGAAGUGGAACAGAUCACAAACAAACACAGCGCUCUGGAGAAGGAGAUCCAGGAACUGAAGACAACCCUGACCACCACUCAGGGCGAGUUUGUGCAGCUGAAGAAAGAGAACGAGACACUUCAGGGAUGGAAAACUGAGAAGGAGACGCUCGUUAACGAGACUGAGGCUGUGCAGCAAGGCUUAGUCGACAAAAUCACUGAGCUGGAGAAGAGUCUGGGCUCGUUGAAUGACGAUAAAAUAGGUCUACAGGAGCAGCUGAAAACUCUGGAGGCUGAGAAGGCUCGUCUAUCAGGGCAGAUCGACUCCCUGAAAGGAGAACUCCUCAACAAGUGUACCGACCUGGAGGAGAAGGGCCGCAUGUACGAAGAGCUCCAGAAACAGCUGGAGGAGUCUGACCAGAAACACUUAAAAAACCUGGAAAACGUUGGGUUGCAGAUGACCCAGCUUGAGGGACAAGUGAAGGAUCUGGGGUCCAGGCUGCAGGUGGAGACUGGCAGGGCGGAGCGGGCCGAAAUGUUUCACACUGAGCUCCAGGAGCAGUAUCAGGCGGCCUGCGACCUGGCCCGGUCCAAAGAUGCUCUGGUGGAGUUAGGCCAGAGCGAUGUAGCCCAGCUCAGGGAGAGUCUGGCUCAGACCAUAGCCCUACAGGAGGAACAACUGGCCAGAUUUACCCAGGAGAAGACCUCCCUCCUGAAGGAGUGUGAGGAAAGCGUAGCAUCGAAGGCAGACGAGGUUGAGCACGCCAAACUGAGUCUGGUUAAGAUUCAGCAGGAGCUGCUGUUCCUCCAGGACCAGGUGUCUUCACUGGAGUCCAACCUGAAGAUCCAGAAAAGUUUGGCUCUUAAACUGCAGGCCAAGUAUGACAACAUUGUCAAUACUAAAGAGGAUCUUGUGGAGAAGCUUUCUGAGGCAGAAAAGAGGGGGGAAAGUCUUCAGGGUGAAGUCAAUAGCCUCUCAGAGCAGGCGAAGACUGUUGGCUCUCUACAGGAGCACUGUGAUACUCUGACGGCUGCUGCACAGGAGUCCAUAAGCGCUCUGCAGAACAUGACCGAGACCCUGACCCAGACUGAAUCAGAGCUGCACAUACUGAGAGACGUGGUUGAAAAACUAGAGGCUCAGGUGAACGAAGCUGAGACCAAGGCCUCAGAUCUUGAGAGGGAAAAGGCAGAGAUGGCAGAGAAAGUAGAGAAAAUCCAGAGGGAAGCUGAAGAGGUUUCUGUGAAGUAUCAAAGCCUUCAGGACUCCCAGGAAGAGGAGAGGAAUGGUUUGCUGAAGCAGAUCUCUACAUUGAAGGACCUACUCACUGAGAGUAAUGCUGCUUCCGCCCAGCUGUCUUCUGACCUGAAUAACUCCCUGGAAGCUCUGCAGAAGACUCACUCGGCUGCCGUGGAGCUCAACUCCAACCUGGAGAGCAGCCUAGUGGAGAAAACAAACCUAAUCUCUUCUCAGGAGAUGCAAGUCAAAGAGCUCUCAGAGAGACUCCACAAGGAAGCUGAGAUCCAUGUCACAGAGCUGGAGACUUACCUCCAGAAACAAAGAGGCCUGAAGGAGCAGCUUGAGAUUGUAAAGAGCCAGCUGGAGAGUAAAAGCCAGGAGGGAGCAGAGGCUAAGGAGAAGUGGGAGAGGGCCUCACUAGAACUGUCUAAGCUGAGAGAAGAUUUGUCUUCUGCCAGAAACAGUGUCGAUGAGAAAGGCCGUAAGAUCAAGAGUCUGAAAGAGAGGUUGAACCAGGCUGAGUCUGAACAAGACAAAGCUACCGACGCCCUGAAAGAGAAGGUCAUCAGCAUGAACAAGAUCAAGGUCCAGCUGGAGAUGCUUCAGAUGGAUCUGGAGGACAACGAGGCCUGCAUGAACACCUUUGAAACCCAGAUAGAGGAGCUUAAAGGAACUGUGGCCUCUCUGAACGGGAGACUGGAGGAGAGCGUGACGCAAAGGUCCACCUUGGAGACCGAGCUGGGCUCUGUCAAAGAGCAGCUGUCAGAAAAGAGCUGUGAAGUCACCCAGGUGACAGCAACUCUUGAAGACACUCGCCAGCAGAUGCAGGCUGCCUUGUCCACAGCAGGUUUAGUGGAAUCACUCCAGACCACUGUUGAUGGGCUGAUGGAGACACUGGAGGAGGAGGUUAGAAAACACGGCCAACUGGAGAUGGACAUCAUUCAGCUCACUGAGGAGAAGGAGCAGCUCACUGUGGAGAAGGAGCAGCACACUGUGGAGAAGGAGCAGCACACUGUGGAGAAGGAGCAGCUCACUGUGGAGAAGGAGCAGCUCACUGUGGAGAAGGAGCAGCUCACUGUGGAGAAGGAGCAGCUCACUGUGGAGAAGGAGCAGCUCACUGUGGAGAAGGAGCAGCUCACUGUGGAGAAGGAGCAGCUCACUGUGGAGAAGGAGCAGCUCACUGUGGAGAAGGAGCAGCUCACUGUGGAGAAGGAGCAGCUCACUGUGGAGAAGGAGCAGCUCACUGUGGAGAAGGAGCAGCUCACUGUGGAGAAGGAGCAGCUGACUGUGGAGAAGGAGCAGCUGACUGUGGAGAAGGAGCAGCUGACUGUGGAGAAGGAGCAGCUGACUGUGGAGAAGGAGCAGCUGACUGUGGAGAAGGAGCAGCUGACUGUGGAGAAGGAGCAGCUCACUGACUGUGGAGAAGGAGCAGCUGACUGUGGAGAAGGAGCAGCUGACUGUGGAGAAGGAGCAGCUGACUGUGGAGAAGGAGCAGCUGACUGUGGAGAAGGAGCAGCUGACUGUGGAGAAGGAGCAGCUGACUGUGGAGAAGGAGCAGCUGACUGUGGAGAAGGAGCAGCUGACUGUGGAGAAGGAGCAGCUGACUGUGGAGAAGGAGCAGCUGACUGUGGAGAAGGAGCAGCUGACUGUGGAGAAGGAGCAACUGAGGCUGACUUGCAGAGGCACAGUCUGAACGCUGGGGAUGAGAGAGACGUGGUCAAACAGGAGAACGAGUGUCUCCAGCGUACUCUACAGAGCCUGACGGAGAACUACGAGGCUGUUCAGUCUGCGUUUGAGAGAGCGACCCGGCAGAGCGAGGACGAAACCAGAGAGCGGAUCGGAACGUUUGAGAGGGAACAAACCGAGCUCCAGCAGAGACUGAGCGGACUGCAGGGUGAACUAGCCCUGUUCAGAGAGCACUAUGACAGCCUGAUGACUCAGGCAAGCCAGCAGCAGUCUCUCAUAGAGCAGCUUCAGACCAAGAGAGACCAGAAGGUCUCUGCAGGAGAGGCGGACGGACCGACUUCCAGACAGACGUCAGGCUCCUUCUUCAACGUCAGCUUCCCCUUAAAAGAAGAUACCGUGGAGAUGAAACCCACAGGUUCACAAGGAUUUAUUUCAUUGAUCUCAUCAGCUGAGCAAUCAGAUGACCUCCACAACUCUGAGGUACCUCAACAGACAGGAAGUGACGGCAACAAUGAGCCGGCUGAAAAGUUCAGUGACUGCAUGGAUAAAGUCCCUGUAGAGCAGCAGAAAGCGCUCAGUAAAAGCCUAGAUGAUGAUGUGACCCUCAGCAGUGAACAUCCAGCAGUCUCUGAAGCUUCUCGUGACCAGGACCAGUUGGCCCAGAGCAGGGAGGCGGUCAGAAAGCUAGAGGAGGAGCUACAGACCCUCCACUCCCAGCUUGACCUCGCUACCUCUGAGAUGACCUUCAGGAAGGAGCUGUGCUCUGAGCUGGAGGUCAAAGUUGAAGGGUUAGAGGUGAAGGUCCAACAGAUGGAGAAAGAGAUGUGUGGUGCCGCGGAGAAGAUUAGCGCUGCCGUAGUGGAGAGAAGGACGCUAGGUGACCAGAUCUCAGAGUUGACAGAGGAGGCAGAAUCCCUGAGACUGGCGCUGCAGACCUCUAAAUGUCAGCUCUCUGAUGUCAUGGAGAUGCUAGAGACGCUGGAGAGGGCCAAAGGUGGUUGGAGCGAGAAGUUCUUCCAGGUGGAAAGCGAACUGAAGAGGGUUCGUUCUGAGAAGGCCAAUCUGGAGAAACACAUCCUCUCCAUGGAGGCUGAUUUGGAGUGCCUGACCGAGCAGAAAGUCACGCUGGAGAGGGAGAUGGAGGCUAGCCGCAAAGCUAAAUGUGACCUGGCCCAGCAGCUGGCCACCCUGACCUCAGAGAACGGACAACUCAGACAAGAGAUAGUGUCCUGCAGCGAGGAUAGGAAUGAGCUGGAACAGUCAGUGGCACAGUGGAGGGAUAAAGCAGAGAGUCUGGAGAAGACAAACGUGGAUACUAGAGAGGUUAUUAAGAUCUUAGAGGAAGAUAUCAGAAAUGGGAAGAGGGAGUUUGAUGUGACUUCUGCUAACCUGGAGAGUCUGCAGAUGGAGAGCGGUCAGCUGGUGCUGCAGUGUCAGGCGCUAGAGAAGACCAUCACCCUGCAGAGCGGGGAGAAGGACAACCUGAUUAACCAACUGAACAGCUUCAAAGAUAACCAGAACUCUGUGAGCAAAAACACUGAGUCCAUGGCCUCUAAGAUCCAGUCUCUGGAAGGGGAGAUAUCUAGACUAGCCCAGUCUCUGGAGUCUUCUCUGCUAGAGAAAGGAGAGAUAGCCUCACGCCUCAACUCAACCCAGGAGGAGGUGGCCCAAAUGAGGUCGGGCAUCGAGAAGCUCCGGGUCCGCAUAGAGUCAGACGAGAGAAAGAAAAAACACAUGAGCGAACUGCUGAAGGCUGCCCAGAGGAAAGCAGAUGCUCUUCAGGACCAGCUAGACAAACAGGAGAGGGAGAGGGAAGACGCUGACCAAAACCUAGAGGAGGCUGUGCUUCAGGCUGAGACGGCCACGGCCCAACUUGAAGAGUUGGAGGAAGAGAAAAGGGAACUGGCCAGUAAGAUUGAGGAGAUGACCGCCGAACUGGACAGCCUGAGAAAUGAGAAGGGGAGGCUUGAGGAAUUGCUCUCUCUGAAGAACGCAGAGAUUGAGGAGAUGAAGGCAGCAAACCGAGCUGCCACUGAGGAACUGGAGAAAGGGAUGAGAGAGGCAGAGGAAAAACAGAGUGCAAUGGUGGAAGAGUUACAGGCCCAGCUUGGCUCUGUGAGCUCUGAGCUGCAGAAAUGCAGAGAAGGCCUGGAGGGAGAGAAGGAGAGAAUGCGCUCUAACGGGGAAUGGAAGACUGAGGGGGAGAGGCUGAAGAAAGAGGUGGAUCGACUGCAGGCUUUGAAGAUCGAGCGGGAGAAGGAGAGAGAGAUGCUGACUCUGAGACUGCAGGAGGACCUGGAGGCACAGCAGAGAGAGAUGGGGGACAUCCGCGAGAACAACAACACCCUGCUGCAAGAGAUGGAGAAGCUGCAGGCACUACUGUCGGAGCGGGAGCAGAAAGAACAGGCUCGGUCUGCAGAGAGACUAGAACUACAGCAGCAGUCAGAAAGCUACAAGUUAUCCCUGGAGGAGGUUACCUCUGAGAAGGAGGUGCUGAGGGGACAGUUGGCUGCAGCGGAGAAGGAGGUCAGAGGUCAUCUGUUAGAGCUGAGCAGUCUGAGAACCAGAAUGGAGGAGCUCAGCACUACCAUCACACAGCAGGACAGCAGCAAACAGGUAUCGGAGCUGAGCUCCAGAGUGGCCCAUCUGUCUAAGGAGAGGGACUCAGCCCUCAGUAAGAUUAACCUGUGGAUGAACUCCUGUAAACAGCUGGAGAAGGAGAGGGAGGCUCUUGUGCUGGAGACCCAGAAACUACAGGCCAGCCAGAUACCAGCUGGUGAAAAGAGCAGUGAUGAGGUACAGAAGAGGAGCUCUGAGGAGGUGCAAGCUGAACUUAAAGAGUUGAAGAAAGCUCUAGAGGAGAGGAGUGAGGAGGUGCAGGAGCUCAGCAAGACUCUAGCAGAGAGAAGCAGGGAGUUGGAGGCGCAUAAGAGGAGCCGUGAGUCUGAACUGGAGGAGCUUACUGAAGCCUUGGAUGAGAGGAGCAGGGAGGUGGAGGAGAGCAUGGAUAAAUACUGCAGCCUGAUGGUCCGUGUCCACAAGCUGGAGGAGACCAACGACACGCUGGAAACACGCCUGGAGCGCCUUGUCACGCAGACCACUAGCAGCACUGCUAACAACGCUAGCAACACGGCUAACAAUGCUAGCAAUAAAACACCCAGGCGAAAGUCAGGCAGGAGGUCAGCCUCCAGGGCACAGGAAGCCUUCAUACCGUUGGGUCCCGCAGAGACAGACUCUGAGAACACGGUGCCUGCUGGUCAGGGUCAGGGGUCGUUGGGGAAGAGGGGUUGUGGUGUCCUAGCAGCUAGUGACAAUAGCAACACUCCAUUUAAAGCCCAGGAGGCCCUGCUGAACACUGCCAAGAGGAUCAAAGCAACAGCAACCACGCCCAAACCAGGAAGUAGACAGGAAGAGGAGGAGUUUAGGCCAGAGGGACUUCCUGAGCUGGUGCAGAGAGGGUUUGCUGAUAUCCCUCUAGGAGAGGCCAGUCCCUUCAUCAUGAGGAGAACCGCAGUGCAGCGCUGUAGCCCUCGUCUGGCCGCCGCACGACACACUGCCACCACCCCCUCUGUAACCCCCCAACACAAGGUGCUGGAGCCCCUGUCCCUUCAGAGCCCUGUCGGCAUGGCAACUCUGUCUGACAGCCCUGGUGGGAAAGGUCUGUGUGUUAGUCCCACCUCCAGUGGUGAGGAGAGGCGUGGCCGUCGGUCCCUGAGCACACGGAAGACUCCGGAACAGAGGGAGAAACGCAAAGAGGCCAUGAUGACAGCAUCACGCCAAGAGGAGAACUGCCAAGUGCAGUAACAUAGCAACUAACUAACCUGUACAAAGCCAGUAACACCCCAGCCCAAACCAAUGUGAUGACAGAAUACUGGUGUCAGAAUGUCUAAACUGCAUUACCAAUGUAAUUUGUCUGUUGUCUGUUGUCUGUGGUACAGGUGAAAUGCGAUUCUUCAAUGUAAGCUGUAGAUAUGAAAUGUUUCUUGUGUUUUUGCUCUGAACCUGUUUUAUACUUUCUAUUCCUCCUGAUUUACUACUACUGUUAACAGUACAAUAAACUUUCUUGUUGUUUUAAUCUGUUAUUAGGGCUGGUUUUCCAGACCCAAAUGAUUCCUACUGGACUAGAAAGCAUGCUUGGUGGAGAAUCUCCAUGCCAUUGGAACUUAAUGUGUGUCUGUAGAAACUAUCCCAUGAAGUUGUAUAAGAUAAAACUCCCAAUACCUAGUUCUGUAGCUUUACGGGUCUUUUCUGUGUCAAUAACUGAUAAUUCCACUUCACUCCAGCUCAUUGGUUGUUCAUAAUGAUAUAACUGCUGUUUUACUAAACGUUGUGGUCACAUUUGCUUGA